AUGAAGGCUGCAGAGAGUGAAGGGAAUCCUUGCACUGCUGUUUAUUGCCGACCCUACAGGGAUAGGGUGAUUCAUUUGCUUGCUCUGAGGACGUACAAGAAGCCAGAGUUACUUGCCCGCUUGCAGAGAGAUGGAGUCAUGCAAAAGGACAAGGGUACCCUUGGAAAGAUCCUCCAGCAGGUAGCCAACCUGAACCUAAAGGAUAAUUCCUUCAGUCUGAAGGAACAUCUAUUUCCAACCCUUCAGACUGAUUGGCCUGGCUACACUGAAAUCGAUAGGGAGAAUUUGAAGUUAAUACUAGCUAGAAAAUACAUAGCCAUAGUCUCCUUGGAGCAACGCCAGCACUACAAGGAUGACUUUAAUGCAGACUAUGAGGAAUACCAGGAUUUACAUACUCAGAUUGUCAGGAUCAACAGGAAUUUCAGACGGUUUCAUGAACAAUGGAAGUCUCUGAAUCGAGGCUCCAAAGCCUACCAGAUCAAAAGACAUCAGAUUCUAAAUUCUGCAGAGCUGUUUGCAUGCCCUAAUUUUCUUUUUCUUCCUCCUUCACAGGGUAGCCCCAGCUACUCUGAAAUUAAGAGCAGGUGCCGAUUCCUCCACAAAAAGCUGUCCCAUAUUCACAGACAAAUAUCUGAAUUUGACAAACAAUUAUUGGAGUCCUGGCACCAGACAUCUGCUCCAGCCUCAUAAAUCAGUGAUCUCUGGAUUUUUAUUUGAACUAGAAGAAUAGGCUUUUAGGAUUAUUUAA